GUACCUUAGCCGUCCAUCGGGCGUCCUAUAGGCGCUACAUCGGAACAAUCCAAGUCCAUACUACUCGUACGACACCAAGACUGGUCCAAAAUCGCAUGUCGGGGUGAGUUCUCGCAGGACUACUGCGGACUUACCCAAGUCCGCGUCCCGAACGCGCGCUCGAGAUGGAGCACAAAGUGGCACACGGGAGUGAGAUCGCCAAACGGUUGCCGCUCGGCAUUCAUGUGCGACGGAUAGCGAAAUACAUAUAGUGCAGGUAAUCAGUCCAAGUCUCAUCAUCAUCAAACGCAAACCAACACACUUCAUUCUCAUCCACAGUUAACUCUCACUUCCUACCUCAACACCAAUACUUCCCACCACUACAAUGGGUUCAAUGCCUGAAAUCAAGCAAGCUCCCCAAAUUGACCUAGCAGGUCUCGUCCCUGCGCCGGUUACCCCAUUCAACAAGGAUGGCUCGGUCGACUACGCAGCCAUUCAGCGCCUUGGCUCAUGGCUCGGCAGUAUCCCAGGCGUAAAGGGUCUGGUGGUCCUUGGACACGCUGGCGAGGGCACCUUCUUGACUCAAGAAGAGCAAGUAGACGUCAUCAAGGCCUUCGUCAAGUCCGUAGACAACAAAAUACCCAUCAUCGCUGGUAUCACUACCGAGGGUACUGAAGUGGCUGCGCUCGAAGCCCAACGCGCAAAGGCUGCUGGCGCACAGGCAGGUCUGCUUUACCCCAGCCAUGGUUGGCUACGCUUCGGAUACCAACCGGGAGCUCCACAAGACCGAUACAAGACCGUGUACGAGAAGUCUGGACUUCCCCUCAUCUUGUUCCAAUACCCCGACAACACCAAGGCUACCUACAACUUGGACACAUUACUUGAGAUUGCCGCGCAACCUGGUGUUAUCGCUAUGAAGAACGGUGUCCGCAACAUGCGCCGCUGGGAUGUCGAAAUCCCCAUCAUCAAGAAGCAAAACCCCGAUUUGACAAUCCUCACAUGCCACGACGAGUACCUGCUGCACACGUGCUUUGAUGUUGACGGCAUGCUUGUCGGAUAUGGCAACAUCGCUCCUGAGCCGCUGCUGGAGAUGAUUGAAGCUGGCAAGGCACGAGACUACCCACGCGCGAGGGCUGUUCAUGACAGACUGCUCCCAGUCACCAGAAACGUUUACCAUCGGGGCUCGCACAUGGAAGGAACCGUUGCACUGAAGCACGGUCUGGUGGCGAGAGGUAUCCUGGAGCACGCAACAGUACGGAGUGGUCUCUUGCCAUUACAGGAUGGCGCGGAGCAGGAGAUCCAUGCUGCGUUCAAGUCAGCCUCUUUGGGCAAGGUAACAGCGCCGAAAUCAGGUUGAUUAGUUGUUGACUUUCUUG